GCUGCUUUCAUAGUAUUCACUACUGCUUCAUCUCAGCAUCCUCCCUGCUCUCUUUAGCCUGAUCAUGGAGAAGCUGGACUUCAGCUCAAACAAAGCCAACAACUCUGGUACAAACUUAUCAAACAACAACGAGAUGAGGAUUGUUUUAGUGGGGAAGACUGGAAGUGGGAAGAGUUCCUCUGGAAACACCAUUUUAGGGCGACGGUGCUUUGAGUCGAAAUGCAGCCCCAGAUCACUGACUGUGGAUUGCUCCAAAUGUAACACAGCUGUUGAUGGAAACCAGAUCGCUGUUAUUGACACACCUGGCCUGUCUGACACCAGGUUUAAUGAGGAUAAAACAGUAAAAGAUUUUAGCCUCUGCAUUCCUUUGGCUGCUCCUGGACCCCACAUCUUCCUGGUGGUCAUCGCACUGGGCAGAUUCACUGAAGAGGAAAGGAAAUCAGUCCAAAAGAUUCAAGAAAUCUUUGGAAAGGAUGCUGAUAAAUACAGCAUGGUUCUCUUUACUCAUGGAGACCAGCUUCAAGACACCACUAUAGAAGAGUUCUUGGAAGAAAGCUCAGAACUGCAGGAACUUGUAAAAACAUGUAACGGCCAGUAUCAUGUGUUCAACAACAAUCAGAGUGAUAAAAAACCUCAGGUCACUGAGCUGCUCCAGAAGAUAAAAAAUAUUGUACAUAAAAAUGGAGGAAGUCACUACACCAAUGAGAUGUUCCAAAAGGCUGAGAGAGAAAUCCAAGAGAGGAAACAACGCCUGCUGAGGGAGAAAGAAGAGCAGAUGCGAAAAGAGAGAGAAAAACAAGAGAGAGAAAUACAGGCACAGUAUCAGAGAGAGAUGCAGAAAAUGAACGAGCUUCUUAGAGCUGAGAGAGAGAGAGAGAGGGAGAGAGAGAGGAAGGAAAGAGAGGAAGAGAGAAGGAUGGCCCAGCAGAAGCUAGACGAGCAGAAGAAGAAGGAGUUUGAGAGGCUAAAGGAAGAAAUACAAAGAGAGAAAGAGCAGAGAGAAAUUGAGAUGAAAGCCAUGAUGGAUAGGAUGAAUGAACAAAAAGAAAGAGAAUUAAGACAGCAUAAAGAGAGGCUGCAAGCCCAAUAUGAAGCAGAAGCCAGAAGGGCAGCUCACUAUCAGAGCCAGACGUCGCCUGAAGUAUGUGCUAUACUGUAAAUAUUUCACAGAAAUCAUUGUGUUCUCUUUCUCCCACAGUCUUCUUUAGACUGUCUUUCUUUUUACUAGUUGAAUAAAUGUGCAGUUUUCCCUCUCUUGAACUCCAGCUUAAGGUACCUGUUAUAAUAUCCCACCUGAUUAAAGAUAUAGAUAUAAUCAGAGAUUUACAAGCAAUCCUAU